GUGGUAGGAAGUCAAAUGAUGACGGGAAUGUAUGCUUAAUCAUUUUAUGGUUAAGAUGACAAGGCAGGACUGACUCGUAGAAACACGGCUACUGUCCCUACAAACCCCCCCCCCCACACACACACAAACUUGACGCCCCUCUCAGACGGCCGGCGCUCACUUCUCUUGAGAAAGCUGGGAGCCCGCGGCAGACUCGGGGAGAAGAAGAGUGGGUGCGGGGUGAACGCUUAGAGAGGGACUGCGGGCGUCCGGGCCGGCUCCCAGGAAGAUGGCUGAGGGCGAGCGGCAGCCGCCGCCAGAGUCUUCAGAGGAGACCCCUCCAGCCACGCAGAACUUCGUCAUUCCCAAAAAGGAGAUCCACACGGUUCCUGACAUGGGCAAGUGGAAGCGCUCCCAGGCCUAUGCUGACUACAUCGGGUUCAUCCUCACCCUCAACGAAGGUGUGAAGGGGAAGAAGCUGACCUUCGAGUACCCGGUCUCCGAGGCCAUUGAGAAGCUGCUGGCGCUUCUUGACACUCUGGACCGGUGGGUCGAUGAGACCCCGCCAGUGGACCAGCCUUCUCGCUUUGGGAACAAGGCCUACAGGACCUGGUACGCCAAGCUCGACCAGGAAGCAGAACGCUUGGUGGCCACAGUGGUGCCUACUGACCUGGCGGCAGCAGUGCCUGAGGUGGCCGUCUACCUGAAGGAGUCGGUUGGCAACUCCACACGCAUUGACUAUGGCACAGGGCACGAGGCAGCCUUUGCUGCUUUCCUCUGUUGUCUGUGCAAGAUUGGGGUGCUCCGGGUGGAUGACCAGAUAGCCAUCGUCUUCAAGGUGUUCAACCGGUACCUCGAGGUGAUGCGGAAACUCCAGAAGACCUACCGCAUGGAGCCAGCCGGCAGCCAGGGCGUGUGGGGCCUGGACGACUUCCAGUUCCUGCCCUUCAUCUGGGGCAGCUCGCAGCUGAUAGACCACCCGUUCCUGGAGCCCCGGCACUUUGUGGACGAGAAGGCGGUGAACGAGAACCAUGAGGACUACAUGUUCCUAGAGUGCAUCCUCUUCAUCACCCAGAUGAAGACGGGCCCGUUUGCUGAGCACUCCAACCAGCUGUGGAACAUCAGUGCGGUCCCUUCUUGGUCCAAAGUGAACCAGGGCCUCAUCCGCAUGUACAAAGCUGAGUGCCUGGAGAAGUUCCCCGUGAUCCAGCACUUCAAGUUCGGGAGCCUGCUGCCCAUUCACCCCGUCACCGCCCGCUAGGAGGGAGCCAGCGCGGGUGGGCCGCCUUGGGUCCCCCUCCCCACCCCGUCCCUCUGUUCUUUCUGUUUGGUGAGAGGCUGUUUGCUGGGGUAGGGCUGAGGUAGGAGCAAGGAGGACCAAAGUGUGGCCCAAUUGCUGAGCUUGCCUGUGGUGGGCAGACAGGAAGAGGGGACCUGUGACCCAGGCUGUGGGCCCCUCCCCUCUCCUGGCCCCGGCCUCUUCCCUGGCCUCCUGUGUGACAGCAUGGGAAGGAGCCGUCUGGCCGUGCCUGCUGCCCUCGUGCAGGUGUGGGGUGGUGGCAUUGGCUGGCAGCAGUGGGCAUUUCUGGGCCCCGUGUGGGGGGGCAUGUGGGCUUCAGGGCGGGAGCUAAGGCUGGGACUACCCAGGCUUCUCCUUGGCCGGAGCCACACCCCUGCCCCUCCUGGCAGAGCUUGCCUGUGAAAGCUGUCUUUUAGGCUCCCUGGGGGGGUCAGAUGAUUGGAUGAUACCUGUCUUUCCAGAACUUUCCCUGGCGGGGAUGGGGUGAGAUGGGGUAGUAGGGACUCAGGGAGGGGCCUGGGCCCGGCCUCCUCGGGGCCCCUCUGUGCCUGGGGCAGCCAGCGGGUGGGCUGUGGGGGCUCCGUGCGCAGCUGGCCCUGGCCUCAAGGUUGGGCAGGGCCAAACUGGCCAGUGGCCGCCUGCCAGACAUGCCUUCUCCCGUGUCGGGGUGCACACCACCUGUGGCAGGGGAGCCCCUAGAAGCACAACAAGGACCUGUGCUGGGUCUGCGUGGUGGAGGGAGGGAGGACGGGGCCACGAGGAGCACAGACACCGUUCCCAGGGGAGCCCUGGCGUGCCCUCCUGCCCAGGCCAGCUCACCCUCACUCCCUGCUCCCCCACCCCCAGCCCUGGCACCCUCAUGCUGUUGGAUUAAAGCCUCUGUUUUGCACCCGUCA